AUAUAAAACACCCCUCUUCACUGGAUCUAUAGAUAUCAUAUACCAAAACUAAGAGAACUUGCUAAGUUCUCAUAGAAAAUUCACUAAGGUAUUCAACUAUAUAUACAUAGCUAGCUUACGUUCUUCCUUUUUCUCAUCAAGCACACGUACAAGUGGCAGAAGUUUUUUAACGACAAUUAGAACAUAAUAUGGAUACUUCUUCCUAUGUUCUACUGCCAGCAUUUCUUGUAGCUGCAUUGUUCUUCUUCUGUGCCGUUCCCCAGGUUGCCAAUGCUGGAAUUACCAGGCAUUACAAGUUUAACAUAGUAUCCAUCAAUGUCACUCGGUUGUGUCGAACCAAGAGCAUGGUAACUGUGAACGGCCAGUUUCCGGGGCCUCCCGUCGUUGCUAGAGAAGGUGACCAUCUUCUAGUGAAGGUGGUCAAUCAUGUCUCGAGCAAUAUCACUAUACAUUGGCAUGGAAUUCGCCAGCUUCGAAAUGGAUGGGCAGAUGGACCAUCAUACAUCACUCAAUGCCCUAUUCAAACAAACGAUACUUAUGUGUACAAUUUUACUAUUACAGGACAAAGAGGAACUCUCUUAUGGCAUGCUCACUUCCGAGAGCUUAGAGCUACGGUUCAUGGAGCUCUUGUCAUCCUCCCUCCCCACAAUUCUUCAUACCCAUUUCCCAAACCCUACAAGGAAGUCACCAUCUUGCUUGGAGAGUGGUAUAAUACCGAUCCAGAGGCAAUUAUUAAUCAAGCUUUGCAGACAGGAGCUGCCCCUAAUGUCUCUGAUGCCUACACCAUUAAUGGACUUCCAGGCCCAUUAUAUAAUUGCUCGGCAAAGGAUACAUACAGGCUGAAGGUGAAGCCAGGGAAGACAUAUCUUCUAAGAGUGAUCAAUGCUGCAGUUGAUGAUGACCUCUUUUUCACCAUUGCAAAUCACAGUGUUAUUGUUGUUGAAGCUGAUGCGACUUAUGUGAAGCCUUUUGAAACUGAGCUUUUGUUGAUUUCACCAGGACAGACCACAAAUGUUCUCCUUAAGACCAAACCCAUUGCUCCUAAUGCCAAAUUCUUUAUAUUAGCCAGACCAUAUUCCACCUCUCUAGGUGCAAUUGAUAACACAACUGUUGCUGGAAUUCUCGAGUAUAAAACUUCUUCAAAUUCCUCCAAAUCCAAAAGACUUCCAGUUGUUAGACCACCUCUGCCUCCCAUUAAUGCUACGAGUGUUGCUGCCAAUUAUUCGAGCAGAUUUCGCAGGCUGGUUAAUGCUCAUUUCCCAGCUAAUGUGCCUCAAAAGGUUGAUAAGAAUUUUUACUUCACGGUAGGUCUAGGAACCAGCCCCUGCCCAAAAAAUCAGACAUGUCAAGGACCUAAUGGCACAAAGUUUGCAGCUUCUAUUAACAACAAUUCGUUAGUUUUACCUUCAACAGCAAUCCUUCAAUCCUAUUAUUUUAAAAAAUCAAAUGGGGUUUACACUAGUAAUUUUCCAAGAUUUCCUCCAAAACCAUUCAACUACACUGGGACGCCACCAAAUAUCACUUUUGUUGCCAAAGGAACCAAAGUGGCAGUGCUUCCAUUCAACGCUAGUGUGGAGGUAGUAUUGCAGGAUACUAGCAUUUUGGGCAUUGAGCGUCACCCUCUACAUCUCCAUGGCUACAAUUUCUAUGUUGUUGGUCAAGGAUUUGGAAAUUUUGAUUCCAAGAAUGAUCCCAAAAAUUAUAACCUUGUUGAUCCCGUUGAGCUCAACACUGUUGGUGUGCCCUCUGGUGGGUGGGUCGCAAUUCGCUUCUUCGCAGAUAAUCCUGGAGUAUGGUUUAUGCACUGCCACUUUGAUGUCCAUCUGAACUGGGGCUUGGCCAUGGCAUGGAUUGUCCUUGAUGGAAAACAUCCAAAUGAGAAGGUGCUUCCUCCACCGUCCGAUCUUCCAAAAUGUUGACCACUUUUAAUUGUUCCUUUGUUGUUGGGCUUGUCUUGUCCUUAGUUUUACUAUAUCAGACAGUGCGUUUUGCAGAAAUGGGAUAAACAGUGGAGGGUUUUUGUUAUAAUCAUAAUGAAUUAUUGUGUCAUUAAGUGUUCAAUUGUGUAUGAAUGGUCAACCAUUGAAUCGGAAACUCUUACCCAUUUCAACGGUUGACGACUCAAAAUCACUUUCCGAUUGAAAAGAUAUUUUAAAGUAUAUAUUUAUUUACAAUUUAAGAA